AUGAUGACACUUCUCACAAGCGUCAUAACAACUUCCUUUGUGAUUAUCUACUGGCAAGUACGUGACACGUUAUCUUCAGUCACGGAAUGCCAAGGGGCAACCUACUCCAUUCAAAAUCGCGUCUUGGCAGGUCACGCAUUCACCACCAAGCCAUCUGCAACCAUCGAGGUUUGCGUGAUUUUAUGUGGGGAGCAUCCUGACUGUGAAAGUAUAAACUACUUUCGAAAGACAAAGACUUGUGAGUUGAAUAACAUGAGCCUGAUGUCAUCCCCAGAGCACAUGGUAGCUUUUGAAUCAGCUAUGUACAUGACCAACGCUUUUCGAGUCCCGUGUUACUACGACAAUGAAUGUGAACGGCAAGAAGAGGUCUGCCAGCUUGUGGUGGGCGGGAGCAAAUGUGAAGGUAAUGUCAAUAUAUUUUUUAAAACAAUUCCUUUUCAUUUAGGAACAUCGCAUACAUAUGAUAUAGGUAGGGAAAACAGGUAUCUUAUUUGGAAGAUAAUUUCUAUAUAUUUUGAGAGCAACGUUGAUGCUGUUGUUUUUGUUAUUGUCAUAGUUUUUGGUGCUAUUUUUUGUAGUUGAAUCAUUCUGCAAAGAGGAACUCAAAAUACUAGCAAAUUGCUGACAGUUCCACUGCAAGCUUUUACGCAAAUUAUGAAGCAAAUAAGGCUAGAUACAAAUUUCUGCAUGCUCUGAAAUUAUAAAACUGCUGAAUUGACAGGAAACCAAAAACAAUUGUAUUUUUUUAAGAAAUGCCAUUUUAAUUCUAAAAUUGUUGCAUCCUUCUUAAUUCAAAUUUCCCUUUUAGUACUAUUCUCAGUCCGACCGGUACAUUUAUUUGAAAAAAGUAUUGCAUGCAUGGUGGAAUGGUACGAGCGAUCAUACACUUUCCAUUUGUAUGCGUCAGGAUGUAGCUUUAAUUGCAUGUCUCUUUUUUUCUUUCUGGUGGGUAAAGUGGCAGGGAAGGAGGGAAGAAUGAGGUGUUUGCUUCUGCAGAUGUAAAUCAAACAGGGACGUAUUCCUAUUAAUUAAACAAUGUCAAUAACGAUAGCAUCUUUCAUAAAAGAAUUGUUACUUGCUCUUCUUUUAAAAGAAUGUAUGGAGGCCCUUGGUAUGGAAGACGAAAGAAUUCCAGAUUCAGCUAUAAGUGCUUCAUCGUUUGUGGGCGAGGGUGCACAUCCCAGACUGGUUCGUCUAAACUCGCCUUCUGCAUGGGUUGCAACCCACAAUGACCCUAAGCCCUGGCUUCAAGUUGACCUCGGAAAGGACGCAAUGAUCAAGAAAAUCGCUACCCAAGGGAAACGCGUUGCCUAUCACUGGGUAAAGACUUACACGCUUUCAUCACGUGCCAAUGGAGAGACUGACUGGCUGAUGUAUAAAGAAAACGAAGACGUGAAGGCGAGUCCCUUGCUUGGAAUUUGAUUUAUCUUUAAAAAUUAAGUAUUUGAAAAGAUACUUGCUGCCUAAAAGUCACAUUUCUCCCUUUUCCGAACCCGGAGAGAACUCAUGAAAAGUUUCCUGCAGUUUUUGUUUAGUUAUCAACACUUGUGUGAAGGAGCUUGAAUUCUCAUUUUCGCGUUAUCCCUUAGUAUAAAAAAAGGUGAAUGAAUUGAGGAAUUAAUCGAUUGAUCUCUGAAAAUCAAUCAAUUAGAUACAAAUCCCUUCAACAUCCUGCUCCUCUUUCAAGGUUGGGUUUUUUUUUUUGAAGAGCAUGGUCCAAUUUCCUCGUUAUACACAGUCAAAAUGGAUUUAAAACUGUACUAUGAUUCUUAUCAAAUUUUAUGCCAUUUUCAGGUAUUUCAAGGUAACAAUGAUCAGGAAACGGUGGUAUCCCAUGUGUUGCCACAGCACAUCAGGGCUCGUUUCGUCAGGUUCUGGCCCAAGACUUGGGUCAAUAACUACAGGGCCAUGAGGGUAGAGCUCUACGGCUGUUUCCUUCAGUAACUGCUUCGGCCCUAAUACGGUUAGAAAGGCAAAUUCGUAACUUUCAAUAGAUCAGGAAAUGAAUUCAAGCAAGAAGUAGUUAAAUCAGUAGUACGCGAUGAAUCUGAGUAGUGAAAGCUGUGUCAAAAGACAAUAUUUACACAAUAAUGAAUACCACUGCUAUUAAAAUAUUUUAAAAUCUGCACACCUAUAGUUUAUGGAAAAAAUUAGAGUUCAGUAAUCUUUUAUAGAAAAAGUAUUCAUACUUUAUUGGUGGAAUUAUGCAUAUAGGGAUUAACAUGUUUUAAAAUAAUCAGCAGUAGUAAUGCAAUGUACCCAUGUUUGAGGCAAGAAUAAGCAUUCAAGCCGAGACCGCAACUUCUUGUGUGAGUACAUGUGCAUGAUAAGCUAUCAUCACGACACAUGGAUUGGUGAUUUUAUUUGUCGCCUUAUACUAUUAUGACGAGUGACAUAUGUAAUCAAGAACAGCAUAUUUAUCUAUAAUGGCUGCACAUGGGUAAAACUCUGUAUAUGCAAGUGCAUGUUUCACUAUAUCUUAAAUAUAAUAUCGAGAAGAAAACGUAUACAGACCAUCGUGCUAUUUUUUAGAAACGUGUCUCAGUAGUUUCCAAAUGUUUUCUUAUCAUUCAAAUGGCAAGUUACAACCCGCGACUAUUUUGUUAUCUGAAUCAUCUUUUUAGCCCGCCUGCUCCAACUGGGAAACAGUGGCACAAUAGCACCACCAAAGAGGACAAAUCAAAAGAAAAAUAAAAAAAAAGAGUGUGAAAGAAGAGUUUCGCUCUUCCUAGGUCUCUCUCCUUUCCUCGUUGCUUCAUUUCGCUUCGCUUCAUUUUGUAACGUAAAAAUGUGGAAAAUGCGGUGUGCUAGUUAUUUCGUUUUUUUACCAAGUCAUUUUCAGAUAUAUUUUAUUCCGUACUUCAUGACGAAUGAUUGUACACAGUGACUCAAUCAAAAACAAUAGUGACUGUUAGACUAUCUAACUAAAUGAAGGUGUUUGUGGCUGAUUGAUUAUGAGUGACCGACUGGCCGACUAACUAAUAGACUAAGCGACUGACUGACCCCGGGCUGAUUGACUAACUUAUAUAACUACUGACUAGCUUGCUAAUUGACUGACCUACUGAAUAAUGAAUUGACUGGUAAGGUGACAAACUGCUUCACUGAAUAUCUGACUGAUUGUCUGAAUGACAUACUUAUUUACCUCCUUACUGACUAACCUACUAAAUGACUGACUAACUGACCAACUGACUGAGUAACUUACUGUCUUACUGACUCACUGAUUUACCUACUAACCUACUCACUUACUUACUUGCUGAUUGAAUGGUUGACUGAUUUACUGACUGACUGAUUGUCUGACUGGCUGAUCGACUGAAUACGUGGCUGAUUGACUAAUCUACUGACUGGCUGGCUAAUCAAAUAACUGACUGACUAAUGAAUUACCGUAAAGUAACUGACUAACUGACUGACUAGCUCUUUGACCGUCUGACUGACUGAUUGUUUGACUGUCUCACUGACUGACGGUCAGACUGUCUAACUAGACUGUCUAGAAAGCCCAAAACGAAUUCUUAUGGUCAGAUGUCGAUACUAUUAAUAAACACAAAGUUGUAGCGUUAAGCAUGCAAAGACAACGGCACCAACCGUCUGCAACCAUCGAAUCCUGUGAUAUCCAGCGGCCAGCGUCCCAUUGUAAAAGCAUAAAAUAUCGUCGAAAGACGCGAAAACUUGUGAGUUGAAUAAAAGGUGCGCGGUGAUAGACUUUGAAUUCCCCAUAUAUAUGCCGUGGCAAACGUUCUUCGAGUCCCUUGUUACCUUGACUUUAAAUGUGGACAGCCAGAGAAGAUAUACCACCUUGUGGAGAGCUGGGACAACUGUUAAGGUAACGAUGAUAUUUUUCAAAACUAUUUCAGAACUGUUUCCUCUUUUGUCAUGAGUGCGGAACAAGGGCAUAAUUUCAAUGGUCUUAAAAAGUCCAAUAUCGCUGUAACUGUCCUCCCAUGAAAAUUUAUGGAGAUAACCUAAAGUCAAUCUUUCUGCACAGACUCUGAUAGUUGUUAGUCAUUUUUCACAAAGGGUAGGACAAGGAUGCCAGGUGUUAAUUCGGAUAUAAUUGAAGUACACAAAGUUCUGACGUCCAAGCAUGCAAGACAACGUGUUUAGGCCCCCAUCGAUACCCUUUCUUUCUUUCUUUCUCUCUUUCUUUUUUUUUUUUCGUAUGUGUGUGUUUGUGUGUAGAACUAGUUAACUAAUGACCAGUUAAACCUGUCUCCUUCAUCAAACUCUCCGUUGUGCCAUAAUGUCUAUCUCGGAUGGUAUCAGUCAGGGUUGGAGUUAAGUUAAAGCAAUUUCCUACCAGCAACUUUACGGAAUGUGAAAUAAAAAUUAACCUAAAAAUCUCUUUUAUACAGCCAUUUCCUACUCUCUAUUUGAACAGAAUGCACACAAAACUUUACUUCAACGAUUAAGUAGCAGAAAGAAAAAGAGUGUCUGGAGGGAGGAACAAAACGGCUCACAUUCAAAACAGGUCUUCAAGUUUAAGGCAUGCAUGCUUGAGUUGAAAGGCGAAAAACGCCUGCAUUUCCUCUUAAAACUCAUAACUUUCGGUAAAGUUUAAUCGUUUGUUUAACAUAAAUUAUUCACAUCUUUCUAUCUUUCAUAUUUUUCAGGAUUUCAGUUCAUGGAAGAUUUUAUGCCAUGAGGUAAAGAUUUACAUGACCAAAAAAGGAUUCUCCCUUGACAAUACUAUACCUUUUUCACGCAAAAAUGAAAAGCUUUUAAAGAAAUCUACUUUAAAACACACUUUCUUCUUUGUUUCACUAAGAGAGAAUGAGAGACUAAUGACGAUACCAAAUGUUUUCGUAAAAGUGUCCGGGGAACGCUUUCCCCUGGUGGGAAAAUGGGGUUAGGGGCCUGCAAUGUGGAAAUUACGAAAAAUGAUCAUAACAAAGGGUAGGUCGAUUAACGGAGCUUCUCCUCUUACACAGCUUGUUAUUGGGUAAAAUAAAUCCAUGUAUAUCUGGCUCUGAACGAAUCUCGGUCUUCCUCUUAUGCUGCAAUUUAGUUCGUCUAGUAACUCAACCCCUAUGGCCGUUAAAAUUAUUAAAGUUUCCGACAAUUUCAUGAUUACACUUCGCUCAGUGGGACCUUAUUUUCUUGCCUCACAGCCUGCUGAGCCAGGACAAGCCAGGAUAAUCAUUCUAUCCUUUCAAACUAUUGCAUAUUCUGAGAUAUACAAUACAGACUGAGAGCGACGAAAUAAUAACAGCGUGACUGAAUAAAGUCAGAUCAACAAGCGAGGUUGGAUCGCACAGAAAAUCUUGCACAAAUACAGGAAAGUUCCAUGAUCAAAAUAGGUUCAAAGUUAUCUUUAAGUUUAGGAUGUUUUUUACUGAAGUUUUAUUUCUCUUCUCUUAAUUUUGAGUGGAAGAAGGCUCAAACUAUCAUCCCCUUUGAUGUAAAAAACAAAGUGUAAUAAGCGGUAUUCAUUCUCCUGCUUUGUCAGCUGUGUUAUUUUAUGAAUAAUUAUCGACUGGUCCUCAGUAGGAUUCAACACCAAAUGAUGCUUUGUUUGUAUUCUUUAAUGAAAGACACCCUAAAGCGCUCUAGCUAAAUUUAGUUUAAUAACUGUCCCGAAUAACUUCUUGACUUCUUCAUCUGACCAGGAGAUCCUUUGAACGAUGAUCACUUGCAAAUAACAUUGGAAAGGAAAAGAUAGAGUUGAGGUAAAGCAAGGUUUCCCUUUAUUAGACCUAAUUUACAAUUGCAAGUAAUUGUGAGUCUUGACUUCAGAAUCUGAAAUUCCAUGUAAUCGUAUAUCUGAUUAAGGGGUUGCAUACAAAUUCUUUUUUUCUUUUGGUAAAGGAUGAAAAGAUUGACGAGGAUUGUUUAAACCUUAGCGUAGUUCACUGUAAUUAUGAAUCCUAUGAACAAAAAUAUGUUUGACCAGUUAUGUAAUGGACCAAGCCUUCUCGAAGUACCUCUUGAGUAUUAGCGUGCGAAAAUAAAAUUUUAUCAAAGAAAGAAUAGUGAAAACAACAAGAAAACGAAAAACAAAAUCAUAAACCAUCCACGUUUAGCAAAUGGGUCUUGGAAGAACUUCUGCAGAAGAUUUAAACUUGGGCAAUUCUUAACAAACUUGAGGGAACAAUACAUUCAAUAGGCGAUGUUUUCCACGAAGAUUUUGAAAUUUUCAUCGGAGGCUUAAAUACAACAAAAGAGAGUUUAUUUCGGAAUUUUGACCGAUCUUUCUUUAGUCGCUUCACAUUUAUAUCUAGAAUUGACUUUGAAAUGCUCAAAGAAUCUUUUAAUAUCAUUGCUCGGUAUUCAUUCCCACAAGUGAUGCUUUUCUUUAGUAUUGUUCUAACUAGUUACUUCUUAAAACUUCAAUUUUUUUUUUCUUUUUGCUUUUAUCAACUUUCACACGUAAAAGUACAGAAUUUGUUCGCAGGGAAGUGUCUUGAAUUUUCCAUGCUAUACUCCCCCUGCUAAGUGCAACACUAAAAGCUCCGGCCGCGAAGACGUAAAUUAUCACCAUAAAAACAUCUUUCCACAAACUUAAUUGAUUUUGACUCUCAGGACAACUUUGUUUCUUUAGCAUUACAAAGGAGUUCAAUGAAGAUUCACAACAGUUUUUCAGGACAAAAAUAUUAAUUGAUUGUCAGAUUAACUUCUUUUAAAUCGUUUCAUUCGUAUAUUUUGACUUUAGGACAAUGACUAUUCUUCCAAAAGGCGUCAUUGCAACUUUCUUUGUGAUGAUCUAUUGGCAAUUACGUGAUACGUUAUCUUCAGUCACGCAAUGCCAAGACGCAACCUACUCCAUUCCAAAUCGCAUUUUAAAGGGUCACACAUUCACCACCAAGCCAUCUGCAACUAUGGAAUCUUGCGUGAUAUUCUGCGGCGAGGGUCUCAAUUGUAAAAGCAUAAACUUUUACCGAAAGGCAAAGACUUGUGAGUUGAAUAACAUGAGUGCGGUGACGUCCCCAGAGAGCAUGGUGGAUUUUGAAUUGGCACUAUACAUGACCAACGCCUUUUUAAUGCCUUGCUUCUUUGACGCUGAAUGCAAACUGCCAGAGGAGAUAUGUGAGCUUGUGGAGGGCGGCAGAAAAUGUACAGGUAAUGUUGGUAACCUUUUUUAAAAAUACAGUUUCGGACCAGAAGAAGGAUGGCUUUUGUCUGGUCAUGGGCGUGGCACAAAUACAUUAUUAAAAUGAUUUUGAAAAAGUGCAAUAUGGCCUAAACUGUUUACCUCAAAGGAAUAUGCACCAACAUUCAGGGAACUGAUAGAAAGCCGGUCCAUGAAUCGCUGAUACCGGUGUUAAGCAAAUGUUAAGGUAAUCUAGAGGGUAAUGUUGCUGCUAUCGUUUUUGUCAUUAUCAUUAUUGUUAUUUUUGGUGCUAUUUUUUGAAGUUGAAUUAUUCCGCAAAAAAAAAAUUCGAAUAUUAAUAUCAGCAAAUUGCUGACAGUUCCACUGCAAGCUUUAACGCAAAUUAUGAAGCGAAAAUGGCUAGAUACAAAUUUCUGCAUGCUCUGAAAUCAUAAAACUGUUGAAUCGACAGGAAACUAAGAACAAUUGUCUUUUUAAAGGGAAUACCAUCUUGAUUCUUCAAUUGUUACCUCCUUCUUAGUCCAAAUUUCCUUUUAAUUACUAUUCUCAGUACGACCGGUACAUUUAUCUGAAAAAAGUAUUGCAUGCAUGGUGGAAUGGUACGGGUGACCUUUCACUUUUCUUAGGCCAUUUGUAUGCGUCAGGAUGUAGCUUUAAUUGCAUGUCUCUUUUUUUUUCUGCAUUGUGGGGAGAGUGGCAGGGAAGGAGGGAAGAAUGAGGUGUUUGCUUCUACAGAUACAAAUGAGGGACAUACUCCUAUUAAUUAAACAUGUCAGUAAGGAUAGCAACUUUUAUAAAAGAAUUGUUACUUGCUCUUCUUUUAAAAGCAUGUAUGGAGGCCCUUGGUAUGGAAGACGAAAGAAUUCCAGAUUCAGCUAUAAGUGCUUCAUCGUUUGUGGGCAAGGGUGCACAUCCCAGACUGGUUCGUCUAAACUCGCCUUCUGCAUGGGUUGCAGCCCACAAUGACCCUAAGUCCUGGCUUCAAGUUGACCUCGGAAAGGACGCAGUGAUCAAGAAAAUCGCUACCCAGGGGAAGCGCGGUUUCUAUCACUGGGUAAAGACUUACACGCUUUCAUCACGUGCCAACGAAGAGACUGAUUGGUCGACGUAUAAAGAGAACGAAGAUGUGAAGGCGAGUCCUCUGUUUGGAAUUUGA